UGGUGCCCAUUUCCAGGCCUCCAACUAUGGUGGUGGAAAAUUGGCCCAUCAAGGUCCACGUGCGUCGCCGCGCGGCCGAGGCCCUGGCCGGCCUGGACGUCGCGGGCGUGGCCUGCUGGAGCCGGCGGGCGCGGGCCAUUGCGGCCGCGGCGCUGGCCAGGGCUGCCAGGGAGGAUACCGACGCGUACGUGCAGGUGAAGGCCUCCGAGUUCCUCGCGGAGGGGGUCGCGGCGGCCGACGCGGAGGCGCACGAGGCGGCCCUGGAGCACCUGCUGUCCGAGGCCGCCGCGGCCGCGGAGGCGCCGACGAAGGAGGGCCCCGCCGCGGCGGCGGAGGCGGACGGCGCGGCCGCCGAGCCCGGCGACGGCUGCGGCGGCGGCGAUGGCGUGGCCCCCCCUCCGGCCCCCGCCGGAGCGGAGGUCACCACUGGGCCUCUCGGCAUGGGCGUCUCCAACGCCGUGGGGCUCGCGUGCGCCGAAAGGCACCUCGCCUCCGUGUACAACAAGCCUGGCAUGGACCUGAUCGACCACUACACUUACUGCAUCAUGGGCGAUGGCUGCUGCCAGGACCCAGAGGGCAUCUCGCACGAGUCCUGCGCCUACGCCGGCCACCUCGGGCUCGGCAAGCUCAUCGUCUUCUACGACGACAACGGCAUCACCAUCGACGGCCACACCGAGCUGUCGUUCACCGAGGACGUGGGCAAGCGCUACGAGGCCUACGGCUGGCAGGUGCUGACCGUGGAGGACGGCAACACCGACGUGGACGGCAUCCGCAAGGCCAUCGCUGCUGCGAAGGCGUGCGCCGACAAGCCGACGCUGAUCAAGGUGAAGACCGUUAUCGGGUACGGCUCGCCCAACAAGGCCGACAGCCACGACGCGCACGGCGCGCCGCUCGGCGCGGACGAAGCGACCGCCACGCGCGAGCAGCUCGGGUGGAAGUACGGGGAGUUCGAGAUCCCCGACAGCGUCUACGACGUCUUCUCCGCGCACGCGUCCGAGGGCGCCAGGAAGCAGGAGGAAUGGAACAAGGUUUGGGCCCAGUACCAGGAGAAGGAGCCCGAACUCGCCAAGCAGUUCCAGCGCGUGGUCCUCGACAAGACGCUGCCCGAGGGCUGGGCCGACUGCCUGCCCAAGGUGACACCGGAGGACAAGGGCAAGGCCACGCGCCUCUGGUCGCAGGACUGCCUGAACGCCCUGGCAAGCACCAUGCCGGACCUCAUCGGCGGGUCCGCGGACCUUGCCCCGUCCAACAUGACCCUGAUGAAAUGCACGGGGGACUUCCUCAAGGGCUCCUACGAGGGCCGCAACAUGCGCUUCGGCAUCCGCGAGUUCGGCAUGGGCGCCGUCGCCAACGCUGUCUCCCUGCACAAGACUGGCCUGGUCCCGUACUGCGCCACCUUCACAAUCUUCAGCGACUACAUGCGGAAUGCCAUCCGCCUGGCCGCCCUCGCGCAGGCGGGCACGAUCUUCGUGACGACCCACGACUCCAUCGCCGUGGGCGAGGAUGGCCCGACUCACCAGCCCAUCGAGACCGUGCCGUCUCUGCGCAUGAUCCCCGACCUCACCGUCAUCCGCCCAGCGGACGGCAACGAGUGCUCCGGCGCCUACAAAGUGGCCUUCGAGAAGUCCAAGCUGGAGUCCAUGCCGACCUUCCUGGCGCUGACCAGGCAGGCGCUGCCCAACCUUCCCAACUCGUCCAUCGAGAACGUGGAGAAGGGCGCCUACGCGGUGAUUGAGUGCGCCGACCCAGACCUCGUCAUGGUUGCCACUGGCUCGGAGGUGUCUCUGUGCGUGGACGCGUGCAAGGAGCUGACCGCCAUGGGCAAGAAGAUCCGCGUGGUGUCCAUGCCGUCGUGGGAGCUGUUCCGCGCCCAGCCGGCCAGCUACAAGGACUCCAUCCUGCCGAAGGGCGUGGCGACGCUCAGCGUGGAGGCCGCGGUCACCAUGGGCUGGGAGGAGAGUGGGCCGACGCCCACGUCGGCAUCAACUGCUUCGGCGCCUCCGCGCCAGGGGACACCUGCCUCUACAAGUUUGGCUUCAGCGUCCCGAACGUCGUGUACUGCGCCCUGCGCCGCCUCAAGGGCGACACGGGCGUGCUCUCGGACGGCAGCCAGGGCAAGCACUGAGCUAUCCCCGCUUUUGCAGGGGCCAGAACUGUGCACAGCCAGGAUCUGUACAUGCGUUCAGCUCUGGCCGCGCGAGAUUUUCUCCUCGUCAGGGGACGCCAGCUACGCAUUCAUCGACGACGCUCCUAAUACCAGCAGCUCUUCUACACCCGUGCGUAUGGCGCCGCUUGGGCCUCCGUCUGUCUUCGCGUAGGGGCGCACGGUCAGCGCCCGUCCUUGGCCGCUUCCGCUGGCCGCGCCCCGCCCGCAAAGUGCUGACAUGGCCUUUCAAGGCCGUUGCACCCUUCUCGCGCGUCCUUCUUAUCCCGGCUGACUGCACUCUUGCUCCUGGUGCUGCUUCGGUAUGGGUACCUUCUCCUCCUCCGAGUUUGGGCUUCCCGUCGGUCUCCGUGCAUGGGCGCGUGGCUGGCGCCCCCUGCCCUCUGCGAGCGCGCCGCGCUCACAGCACAUCCGCGGGGGGCACCCGUGCACCGCCGGCGCGCCUGGCCCGGGCGCACACCCCUCAGUCAAAACAUGUUUUGACGCUAAAUGGGGGCCAUGCGACUAGCAUCGGCCCCCCCUUUGUUGGAUUUUGCCUUCGCGGCGGAGGAGCGCGAGCCCGGAUUCACUGGUGCAGAAGUGUCGGCUGCGAUCGCCCGCCCCGAAAAUAGCGGCAAACUUGAUCAUGGCGGGCGUUGUGUGCGCAUGCAAGAUAUGGUAUACCAGUGCGCUCCUGGCCUCACUAUUCGCUACUUUAACGAACCCGUGGCUUCUGGCGUUGCCGCGUCCAGGAUUGGUGUUGGCGGGCACGUGAGGGGAAAGGGGACUUCCAAUCCCGAGCCCACGCAGCUCCGAGCUAUCAUGCCCCUCCCGGCUGAUCUCGAAUCUCUGGAUUGUUUGAUCGCUCAACGUCUCAUCGCAUGGAUCGACGAGCACGUUGCUGUGCCACAGUGCUGCUGGGUUGGAGCCCGGCCAUUCACGCAAUCUUUAGACAUCGCGCACGCUCUGCACAUCGUCAUCGAGAGAGGUCUGGACGACCGCAGGCAGUCGGGAAUGGCUCAGAGCGAUAUUGAAACCUAUUAUGACUCUCUCCCUGUUUUGGGGGUGUUUCAGUGGUGCGUGUCUCGAGGGAUGCCGUUGGCGCUCGCGGCUGCAGCGGCGCGCCAUCAGUUGCCCCCAGAAGUGAGUUUGCGCGUCGGAGACGUGGAUGCGGAGCUUGGCAAGCGAUCCCGCGGAAGUUUCACCAGGAACCGGGUGGCUGGUGCUUUGGGCCGCAUCUUAGUAGAGGUCACUCCCGGGGAGAUGUCGGAUGUCUGCCGGCAGCAGGGCUUCCUGUUGGGCGAGUUCCAGCAAUUAGCCAUUGCCACACACGUUGACAACAUUUAUUCCGUCAGCGACUCCCUGUAUAAUGCUGCGUGCUUGUUGGAUGUGUUCGAGUCCCAUCUUUCUUCUGACUGGGGAUUCCGCAUCAAGGAUCCCAGAAAUCAUGCAUGAUUGUUGUAUGAGGGGACGCAUCCGUUUCAGACCCAGCUGUUUGGAAACCGUCGCAGUCUUUUGAGGCUUUGGGCCACGUCCUGGAAGAUACGGGAUCGUGCACGAUGUGUGUUGAUAGGACUAUGGCCGCCAUGUGGCGUGCGUUUUGGGGCAAUUGUGCCAUGCGCCGCCUGCGAGUCGUCCCUCUGCGGCAACGUCCUCGCAUGCUCGAUCGGUCAGUGCUGCCAGUGUUCGACUAUCGAUGCAGCCAUUGGCCGCCCGCCGCAACCCUGGAUCGGCGCAUCGACACUUGUCAGCGCCGCGUGGUCAGCCUCCUGAUGCGGGUGCCGCGACAAGCUGGUGAAGAAACGCCGGCCUACUUCCGCCGCAGAGCCCGGGAAGCCGAGGAUCUUUGUAGACAGAGGCGUUGGUGAAGACAUCGCCAUUGCACUCGAGUUCUGAAUUGGCGAGAGCACCUCGAACGACCGCGAAACCGUCGAUCUUGGGCGGCGCAGCUCCUGCACUGGCAAGCGAGCGCUGGCUCCAAAACCGGAGGACGCAGCUGAACAGCUACAGCGUUCAUGCUGGACGCACGGAUACGAGAUUGGCAGCGCGUCGCCCACGACAGCGGUGGCACGAUGGAGCCAGGUUUGCUUUAGAGCACGUGCUGCCUGGCGCGCACGCUGUUCUUUAUCCUCUCUAGUCCGUCCCCCCCUUCCCCCUCGCAUGAGCAUGAAAUCUUUGAGUAGUUCCAGCGUUGCAGCGGGUAGUGCGCCUGCGUUGCACCUUUCUUCACUUAGUGCGUUUUUCGCACGCGGCUUGCGGUGUUACCCCGCCUUCUGAUUCUGAUUCAGGAACAGGAGCUGGAGC